UAUACAUAUAUAUAUGUUAAUAAAGCAAAUUUUGUGUGCAGGUCAGGUAUUUACACGAAAAAUAUUUUCUUUUCUGAAAAGGUAAUUUAUUUUAUGUAAAUACUUAGUGUUUUUAAAACUAUUGUCAAGUUGGAAUGAUUCAAUAACAGAUACAAGUAAUGGACGUGACGGAAUUGACACAAUAUUUCAGUAAAAUAAUUGGUCCUUAAAUAAGUUAGUAUCAUUAAUAAAACGUUUAAAAGAAUGUCAGAAAAUAGGGAAAAAAGGACGAACGAAUCAUUUUUUAUACAAAGUGAUUCUGUUCGUUUUAAAGUACCAGAGAAUGAACCUAUAGCAGUUCCACCACUUAUUGAAGAAGGUUUACCAGAUCAAGUUUACAGUGUACAUCAACCAGUUCUUAUGAAUCACUACCCCAUUCUUCAGAACUACCUUACAGAUGGGGUACAACAACCUACUGUUGUUCAAUCUCAAAAUGAUCAGAAACUUGUAUAUUUAAUUGUUCCCAGUGACAGCAGCCAGACUGAUAAUUUACAGCUAAAAGAUGUGCAAACUGUUCCUACAUUACUUGUUUUACCUAAGGAGUUACAAAAUUCUGCCAAUGAAGUACAGUAUGUAAUUCAAACAAGUGAUGUUAGUAAUGAUCAUGUAAAUUACAACAACACCAACCAAGACAGUGAAAUAACAAUAAUAGAACCAAACGUUGAAAAUAAACCACAGUCAGAUAAUGCAACAGACCAGCAGUAUGUCUAUGUGUCUACAGAUUAUAAAGAAAGUGAAAAAAACAUUGCAAAAAAUUCAGCACCGGCACUAGAAAAUAACAGUAAAGUAAAUUUAGGACAGAAAAAAUUUUAUAGUUACAAAAAUCAGUAUAAGUGUGAGUAUGAUGGUUGUGGUGAGUUGUUUGCUUCUGUGUAUGAGAAAAAAAAUCAUGCAGAAGUCCAUUUAUUUCCUGAGAACACUGAGUUUAAAUGUAGCAUUUGUAAUGCUACAUUUUCCAAAGCCAUUGAAAGAAAUAAACAUAUUGAUUCACAUUCGGUUGCAGAAACAUAUAGAUGUAAAUCUUGUCAGAAAAGCUUCCCUUAUUACACUGCCCUUGUAAAGCAUAUCGAUGAACAAAAAUGCUCAACAGGGAAGUCAUUGAGUUGUCAUUUCUGUGGUGCAAAGUUUUUGAAUCAGAAGGAUUUGGAGAAACAUCAGAAAGUUAGCAUAAAAAUGUGUGUGUGUAAAACAAAAGUUUGUGGUGAGUCAGCUUUUAUUUCCCACAGUGGUACGUGCAGUAGUUACUUGCAGAAGAAAAAUAAACUCAAAAAAGGUCACAUUCUUCGAAAUUAAAAAUUUAUCUUUCUAGAAAAAUUCUCUCCUGUAAAAUAAUAGUUAACUUGGUUUUAUAGUAAUGCUAAAUAUAUUUAAUUAAAUAAUUAUAAGUGACACAAUUUGUAGACAUAAUGUAAAUUUAUAUACUCUA